UUUCUGCCCCGCAAUCAGUUUUUAUUCUGCUGACUACCGACUUUUUCUUCUUUGUUCACAUACUCCCAACUCUAAACACCAUGCAAACUUACACUGCUGAACAAGUUGCUGCUCACAACAACGACAAAGACUGCUGGAUUAUUGUUGAUAACAAGGUCUUCGAUGUCACAAAGUUCCUUGGCGAACACCCUGGUGGUAAGAAAAUUCUUUUGAAGGUCGCUGGAAAGGAUGCUUCCAAGCAGUUUGCACAAUUCCAUAAUGCCCAAAUCAUGGAAAACGUUGGUCUGCCACUGCAGAUUGGCGUCAUCGGAGGAGCUGCCCAGCAAGCCAAGCCAGAGAAGGCUAAGCCCGUUGCCGAAGCUGGUAACCGUGUUGGCGAUAUGAUCCCCUACGGUGACCCCACUGACUGCCAGGACUGGAACAGCCCUUACUACAACGAGAGCCACUACAAGCUUCGCAGAGAGCUGCGAGCUUUCGUCGAGAAGGAGUUGAUGCCUAACUGCCACAUGUGGAGCGAGAACAAGGAGAUUCCUCGCGAGGUCAUUAAGAAAUGCGCUGAAUUCGGAAUCUUGGGUGCCGCCUGUGGUCAUGUUCCCGAGGAAUAUUUGCCAUACGGCUUGCCUGCUGGAAUCAACCCCAAGGACUGGGAUGCUUUCCAUGAAAUGAUUGUCAUUGACGAAAUUGCUCGCUGCGGAUCAGGAGGUUUGCUUUGGGGUUUGCAAGGAGGUUUGUCCAUCGGUUUGCCUCCUGUUCUUUUGUUUGGAUCAAAGUACCUUCAGGAUAAGGUCGCUAGAGAUUGCUUGGCCGGUGAUAAGCGCAUCUGCUUGGGUAUCACUGAACCUCAUGCCGGAUCAGACGUUGCUGGUCUCAAGACAGAAGCUAAGGAUAUGGGUGAUCACUAUCUUGUCAACGGUGAGAAGAAGUGGAUUACCCAAGGUUAUGAAGCCGAUUAUUUCACUGUUGCCUGCCGUACCGGAGGUAAUGGUAUGGCUGGUGUGUCUCUCCUCCUUAUUGAGAGAUCCAUGCCUGGUGUGACCACUCGCAAGAUGGAUGUUAUGGGUAUGUUCGGAAGUGGAACUUCUUACAUUACCUUUGAAGAUGUCAAGGUGCCCAAGAGCAACCUUAUUGGCAAGGAGAACGACGGUUUCAAGUAUAUUAUGUACAACUUCAACCACGAGCGAUUGGGUAUCAUCAUGCAAGCCACUCGUUUGGCUCGCGUCUGCACUGAGGAAGCCUUCAAGUAUGCCAAUAAGCGCAUGGUCUUUGGAAAGAAGUUGAUCGACCAGCCCGUUAUUAGAAACAAGCUCGGACACAUGGUUCGUCAGGUAGAAGCCACCCACGCUUGGUUAGAAAGCACCUUGUACCAAAUCAACACUAUGCCUGCUCAAGUUCAGCCUAUUCGUCUUGGUGGACCUAUUGCUCUACUCAAGGCUCAAUCCACCCAGACCUUUGAGUUCUGUGCUCGUGAAGCUGCUCAAAUUUUCGGUGGUCUCUCCUAUACCCGUGGAGGACAGGGUGAAAAGAUUGAACGUUUGUACCGUGAAGUGAGAGCCUAUGCUAUUCCCGGCGGUAGUGAAGAAAUUAUGCUUGAUCUCGGUGUUAGACAAGCUCAGAAGGUAGCAGCUCUGAACAACGCUAAGUUGUAAACGGCGUAGUCAAUGCUCCAACUCCAUCAUGUACAUUAGCCA